AUGUCUGACGUUCAGUUUAGCGAUGAAUCUGAUGACGAUAUCUUUAACGACACUAUAGAUAAUGAGACCAUUGACCACAUAUUGAAUAAGCCGAGCCUACAACAGCGAGAUUUGUACGGUGCGGUGGUACCAGAGUACAUCGACAAUAGAGAGAAACAGAAGGCGCCACCUAGAGUAAAGACAGUGUUUCCCCCGACUCAUCACUUCAUAGACUAUGACAACAUUGGGCAAUACAUAUAUCCUACGAACUUUGAAGUCAGAGAUUACCAAUUUAAUAUAGUCAAGAAUUCGUUCUAUAGCAAUAUAUUGGUUGCAUUGCCAACAGGGCUAGGUAAAACAUUCAUCGCAUCCACCGUGAUAUUGAAUUUCAAUAGGUGGUUCCCCAAGUCUAAAAUCAUAUUUAUGGCCCCUACUAGGCCCUUGGUAGCUCAGCAAAUCAAGGCAUGCUGCGGUACUACGGGGAUCUCCACUUCCAUUGUUGCAACACUCUUGGAUAAGACCAAAAGGAAUAGACAAGAAAUUUGGGAUCUGAAAUCCAUAUUCUUCACCACCCCUCAAGUAGUUGAAAAUGAUUUAUCAACAGGAGUUUUAGACCCUAAACUGAUUGUACUUUUGGUAAUUGAUGAAGCGCAUAGGUCUAAAGGUAAUUAUGCGUAUAACAAUGUGGUGAAAUAUUUGAAUCGAUUCCAAAAUCACUCAUUCAGAAUAUUAUCACUUACAGCCACUCCAGCAUCUGAUAUUGAAGGUGUGCAAGAGAUAAUUGAUAAUUUACAGAUUUCCAAGGUUGAAAUUAGAACUGAAAAUAGCAUAGACGUUUCCAGAUAUUUGAUGAGGAAGAAAAUAGAAAGAUUUAACUUGGGAAAUAGUGUGGAAAUUGAACAAUGUAUUGAAUACUUGAAUAAUGCUAUAGAGCCAGUAUUGAAAUUAGCCAAUGAAAGGAAAAUUUAUGACAUGAGAGAUCCACUGAAGAUAAAUGCUUUCCAGGUCAUGGAGGCAUCACAACGAUUACUCAAGAACCCUAAUAUCCCAGAAGGUUUGAAGUGGCUGAACUAUUUCAUAUUGCAAUUGUUGAACAUCGUGGGUCAGUCUUUAAGAAGAUUGGUGGUUUACGGAGUGAGAUCGUUUUAUACAUAUUUUUUGGAUAAACAUAAGGCAUUCGUAACCAAAUUUAACAAUAAGAAAUCUAACAAUAAAAUGGCCGCUGGAUUUUAUUUCCAUGAUGAUGUAAAAAGAUUGCUAAACUAUUGUGAAAAUGCAAUGAGGGAUCCUAAAUUUUUGGGGCAUCCUAAGUUAGAAGUAAUUGUCAGCCAAUUAACUGAUUUUUUUGGUGAUCCGAAUAAUUCAGGUUCACGUUGCAUCAUUUUCACUGAAUUCAGAGAGUCUGCAUUAACAAUUGUCAAGACCUUAGAAAAUCAACAUAAUGAACACUUGAAACCUCAUAUUUUUAUUGGUCAAGCUAAGGAAAAGGAAAAAUUUGAUGAAGUCAAGUUUAUGUCGAAGAGCAAGAAAAAGAAUACAGAAACUAAAAAGGGUAAAAAGAAAGAUGAUGAUGAUGGAGUUGACAGAACAUCUUCGGAAGAUGCACAGAUGAAGGGAAUGAACCAAAAGAUUCAAAAAGAAGUAAUUCAUAAUUUCAAGGAGGGGGAAUAUAAUGUUUUAGUAGCAACAUCUAUUGGAGAAGAAGGUUUGGAUAUUGGGGAAGUAGAUUUAAUUAUAUGUUACGAUUCCACUAGCUCUCCAAUUAAAAAUAUUCAGAGAAUGGGCAGAACGGGGCGUAAAAGGAACGGGAAAGUGAUACUCUUGUUCUCGUCAAAUGAAGAACAAAAAUUUGACAAAGCUAUGGGAGGGUACGAAUAUAUUCAGCAACACAUUAUGAAUAAUAAUCUUAUAGAAUUAAGGGAUAGUGAUCGAAUUUUACCUAAGCAAUAUACCCCGAUAGUGAAGAAAGCGUUUAUUGAAAUACCCGAUGAGAAUUUAGAGAUCGUCAAGCAAGAAGAUGAGGAUGAAAUUCUUCGGAUUGCCACUCAGUACAUGAAAAAGGGUACUAAAGUUUCUAAUAUAAAGAAACCCCAGAAGGCUCAAAAGAGGUUUUUUUUGCCUGAAAAUGUGGAUACUGGGUUUACGAAGGCUGCAAACUUAAUAACAAAAGUGGGCCACACAAAAGAUAUUUUAGAUAAAAUUGUGAGUAGCCUGGACGAAGAAAAUGAAUUGGUAAUAGUAGAAGAGAAGGAGGAAGAUGAAGAGGAAGAGCAUGCGCAAAGGAACAAAUCUAAACUGGAAAUCGUUAGCAAGAGAUUUGCCCCAAAGCUUGAUCUGGAGUUUGAACCAAGGAAAAGGGGAACAUUAGGUUUGAAGCGGUAUAAGCAGGGUCAAAUUACUGACUUGAUGUCCACGGCAUUGCAAGAGAAAACUAGACCCUCUAGUCGAGAGUCAGACCCUACAUCUGAAGGAGAAGAUGUAUUUGAUGACGGUUUAGAUGAUGAAUUGGUUACUAUGGUUAGGGCCUCUUCAACUACUCCCAUACCAACGUCUCAAGCAAAUCUCGAAGCUACCCAGACGAAUACGAUAUACGAAAACCUUCAUGUGCACAAGAAUGAAUUUGGCAAAAACGAAGGAUUUUUGAAUGACAGUGAGCGGGCUCGCCUAUAUUCUUCCUACUAUGUUUCAAUGAAUCCUUCGGAAAUUCGUACUUCUUACGACCCAUCGGAUGGGUUGAAAAAUUUUGUAAGCGGGUAUAUAGGACAUAGCAAAGGUGGGAUGAAGCUACAAAUGUUUUCCGGUAACUAUAGACUUACGAGAGAGAAUUCCAUAGAGGUACUCGAUAUGUACCGAAAGCAUUCAUAUAGAUAA